AUGGCUUACAACAGUACUCCAGUAUCGAUCCUUCGAGUUCGUUUGUGGGGAGGAGCGCGAAGCGAGAGCUCCCCAGCCUCAGCAUGGGGCGUGGGGACAGACUUGGCGUCGUGGGAUUUGGCACGGAACUCGCCCCCCAAACGGCGAGCGCAGUCCCCAGUAACCAGCAUCGUGCGGGACGACAGCCUGCAUCCUGGCUUGCAGCCAUCAAGCGAUGACCGAGUGCAUGCUGGGUUGGAUGAUCGACAGUACACUUUACUCCUGUACACCGAGGACAACUCAGCUGUGCUGCUGCAACAACCUGCUCACAACACCGGCUCCUACAGCGGAAGAAAAGUUUUGAGUAGACAACGCAUUCCGCUUAUUCACGAUCCUUCGACUUACGUCACUCCCGAGUGCUUGCAGGCAGAUAACAUCAUCUACAUCAGCGGUAGGCAGUACAGAGUGCAAGGCUGCGACACUUCCACCUUCCAGUACCUCAGGGCACUGGGCUUGCAGCCUCCUCCGGUGGUGUCGUUUACCCCAACUCCUACACAGGAUAAGCAGACCGGUCGUCUAGUCGCCCCUCCUGCUUGGCCUAAACAAUUUCCAUUGAAAACUUACGUGCAGAACGUGGGCAAGGUUUUGAGAUUUUACGGUGAAUGGUUGGGUGGCACUCCUCGAAUAGGUGGAGUCACGACCAUCUUCAAUGAAAAAAUCGAACUACGAUGUUACCUUGAAGAUGGGACCAUUGAGAUCCGCAGUCACCCUCAGACAGCGACGGGAGGCAAGGCGGGUGGAGGCAGCGCAGACAGCACUACUAGGAUACUGCGUCGUUCACUGGUUCCUAAAAAUCCUCGCGACUUGAGUGGCGUGUCGAGCUUGGGCUGUACAAACCGUCCCGUGUUAUCGCUGUCGCCCUCAUCGGACCGCACGAUCAUGGACCGAUGCCCGCGCGCUCCCGCACCGCCAGAGUUCCUCGGGCCGAGGGACCUGGUGCUCGGGGCGUGUGUCUGCGUCAACGGCAGGCUCCUGCGGCUUGUGGAGUGCGACUCCUUCACUACGACCUACUGCAAAGACGUGCUUGGAAUUGAACAAACUCCUGCGAGUUACCAGUACCUGACGGAGAGCCUUGGCCCUGUCAUGCCCCGGAGAUCGGUUGCGUUGGACCCCCCCAAGCUGGAGGAGGCGGUCCAGGACCCACGACACCCCCUCCCCACCUCCGUCUCCUUCACCACCCACCGCUCCGUCAGCAGACUGUCUGGCAAAGAGGACGUAGUUCUUCGGUUUUCAGCGCGACUUGUCAGUGAUGAUCAAAACGAUGCCCUUCGUCGCUUCAUUAUCAGCGUCUUCGUGUGCGAUUCCACCAUCGCCGUGUAUGAAGUUCCUCGUAUCAACUCAGGACGUCGUGCGGGCGUGUUCUUCAGUAGGAAUUUGGUUCCCGACGCAGAGGGCAACAUCGUUGCCCCAACAUCGCUGUUCAUUGGCGGCACAGUGUCCAUUUUCUCGCAUGUUUUUGAGAUUACGGGAGCCGAUGAAUUUACGUGCGCCUACAUGGAACAAUCCGCUGACCAAUUUACAGAAGCUAACUACGCCAUAGCUCUGGCCGCCGCCAAGACGAAGCUGUCAUCCCCCGCGUCACUGAGCGACUUGUGUCGUCAGCUCACGCAACGCGAUCCUCAGCUCUCCGGGACGCUAGAGACGGCCGACGCACUCUAUGUUCUCUCGCAAGCUCUCAGCUCGGGCAGCGGCGGGCUGAGCGCGCAGCAAGUAAGCGCGCUGUGCCGACGUCACAGGACGAGGCGACCUGACGCUCUGACGGCUCAGCAACUCGCGCACCUCGCAGCCCUCUACCUCAAGAAACACCACGUCUCCGUUGGGGACUUGAAGCUGUCGUUCCUGAGCCGCGACACGGCAGGCCGGGGCAGCGUGUCCGGCCCCGAGGCGCGGGCUGUCAUGCGGGGCGCCCGCUUACCCCUGCCGCCAUCGCUGGCAUCGGCGCUUGUCACCGCUUGGACCAACGAAGAGGGCGCCGUGGAGUACAAGAGUCUCUGUGACGCUGUCGACCACAACAAACGACCUUCUAUUUAUUCUAAUCUGCCAUGUUCGCUGACAGAAGCAGGCUUCACUGCAGCGAUGCAGAGAGCGCGCGACGUUGUGCUGUACGGGCCUCUGCUGGAGGACCUUGGGAUGGCCCGCGAUUUGCUGAAGCCACUCGCUCAUACUAAUACAAAAUAAUUUUAGAAUUUGAAACUUACGCUCAUUAUGUUGCUUUUAGUGUCAGCUGAUGAUUUAAAUCAUUAAUAAAUGGUUUUGAAGUUUUCUUUUUGGCCAUAAGUUCAUGAGCUCGGGAAAGAAUUUGU